CCCCUGGUGUUUUAUGUUUUUCCAUUAUUCUCGAAGAAGAAAAAAAUAAAAGAAAAAGAAAAAAAAAUAAAAGAUACUGCAAGGUAACACCGCUAGGAAGCAACGGAAGAGUGCAUGAGAGAGCCUUUGCCUUUGUGUGAUUGUGACCCCGUUGUUUCCUCUUUCCCUCCGUCACCAUCCAGCAAACCCCAUACGGCGCCGUUUCCCUCUCCUCUAUCGUUUCCUUCGCUUCUUCCCUCCGAUGCGCUUCUCCAUCUCAUUCCGCGUUGUCGUUUAAGUCGCGCUUUGCGAUUCUUCGAGUCAACGCUCCCGUUUCGCUUCUCUUAGUUCUCGUUUUGUCGAUUCAUACGCAUAAAAAAGCACCCUCUUCACGCGCUUUCUUUCGUCACUCUGUCAGUGCAAGAUGAGAACUAUGAUGGUUUUGCUAGUGAAAGGAGAAGAGUUUGUUUUCCGUCAAAUUGUAAUAAAAGGUUCAAGUUACACUUUGCCGUUGUUGAUGGCACGACCUGGGAGCCUAAACGGCAGUCAGCAUGUUAUAGAAAUAGCUGGGAGCGCCUAUGCUUCCACAUCGUCUGCAUCACAUCAUGAUAGACAUUUUAAUGGCACAGAUGUGACGCAGCAUGAAGAAAGAAUUAGUGGUGCAAGGAUGCCUCCUCUUUCUCAGCCUUCGGUUUCAGCAACUAGUGUAUCUAAUGGGUCAAAUAGUAGGAAUUCAUCGUUUAUAAGACGUGGGGAUACUCGGCGGAAUAGGAGUCCUGUGCAUUCAGGGUUAUGGAUAUCUAUUGAGCUGGUCCUACUAGUGAGCCAGAUUGUUGCGUCUAUCAUUGUUUUGUCUUUGUCAAGGCAUGAACAUCCACGUACCCCAUUGUUUCAUUGGAUCAUUGGUUAUGCUUCUGGAUGCGCUGCUACCCUCCCUCUGCUUUAUUGGCGUUAUUAUCAUCAUAACCAUAUGCGAGAGCAAGAUUCAUCUCAAUCAAGGCAAUCAUCUCCUCGGAUUAAUGAUCCUUCAGGGACACUUCUUUUCAGUUCCAGAACUAACAGUGGAGAAGAUGGUCAGGCUGCUGUUGCAUCCUCCAGAAGCAAUCAAGCUUCAUUAUUGAUGAAUAGAAGAAUGAAGACACUAGUGGAAUACUUCAAAAUAUCUUUAGAUUGCUUUUUUGCUGUAUGGUUUGUUGUUGGAAAUGUAUGGAUCUUUGGGGGACAUUCAUCUGUUGAAGAAGCUCCUAAUUUGUACAGGUUAUGUAUAGUGUUUCUUGCAUUUAGCUGCAUUGGUUAUGCCAUGCCCUUCAUUCUCUGUUCAACAAUCUGCUGUUGUCUCCCUUGUAUAAUUUCUAUCCUUGGGGUUAGAGAGGAUAUGUCACAAAAUAGAGGGGCAGCUUCCGAAUCUAUUAAUGCUUUGCCAAUUUACAAGUUCAAGACGAAGAAAAAUAAAAGAAAUGGUGAUAGCAACUCAGCUGCUGCCGAAGGUGGAGUUGUGGCUGCAGGAACUGAAAAAGAGCGUGUGAUAUCUGGAGAAGAUGCGGUUUGCUGCAUCUGCCUGGCAAAGUAUGAGAAUAACGAUGAGCUGAGAGAAUUGCCUUGUUCUCAUCUUUUCCACAAAGACUGCGUUGAUAAAUGGUUGAAGAUAAAUGCAUUAUGCCCUCUUUGCAAGAGUGAUGUUGGUGAAAACUUAACCGGAUCAGUCUCUGGAGAAGAUGCCAGCCAACAACGGGGUGAGAGCAGGGUUGAGAAUGGCCUCACGAAUACCUCAGUCUAGUCUAGUUAUAUAGAAAUAUACAAUUUGGGUCCUCUCCUUUUCCCUUAGAACUGGAGAAUCUACUGGCAAGUUACGACAGUCAAUGAGAGAAAGAACCGAUCACCUAUUUACAAAAACUGGUUGAUGAGAGAAAGAACCAAUCACCUAUUUACAAAAACUGGUGGACCAGACCCUGCACAGGUAAUGGUGGGUAACUAAUCACCUUAUGAAACCGGUGGUUCUUGCACAGGCAAUGGUAGGUUCCUAUGCAAUAAACUGUAUUUUUCUCUCAUGACAAGAAGCUCGUCUUCUCAAUGAAAAGGAAAUAAUCUGAAGCCCCUUUUAUACAUAUGCACACUUUGUACUUUUGUAAAGCUUUUUUUUUUUUCUAUGCACUACACUCUUUGGAAGGAUGUUUGAUUGAGGUCAUCCAUUCCAUAUCAUUUUUGUGAUGUGUUUUCUUUUUCUUGUUGGAACUGUAAGUUGGCCGAUACAAGGCAUCACCUUCUGUAGUCUGGUGAUGCAGCUGAUUGUUCAAGGGACGCUCGUCAUGUCCAUAAUCUGUGUGGUAUUGAGAAUGGGAAUUAAAGCGUAUGAUUUCAUGUAAAUGGGUCACAGGAAUAUAUAUAAGUGAAGUUAGUGCCAUUUUCAUCAUGUGGCAAUUGUCA